AUGUCUUGGCGUGAGCUGCUCCCGCCCUGGCUGGUGAUCGCCGCAGGACUCACGGGCAUCGUGCUCCUUUGUGUCUCCACUAAAGACGUGCCCAGCACCCCGCUCUGGAGCAAGUAUGGUGUCGUCCUGGAUGCUGGACCAUCCCACACCACCCUGCUCAUCUACCAGUGGACUGCUGACAAAGUGAACAACACCGGGGUGAUCAGGGAAUGGAGCUCCUGUACUGUGCAAGGUCCUGGAGUCUCCAGCUACUCAGAUUCUCCUCAGGAAGCAGGGAAGAGUUUGGAGCCAUGCCUGCACUGGGCCCAGAGAGAGAUCCCAGCAGAGCAGCACAGCCAAACCCCUCUCUACUUGGGAGCCACUGCCAGCAUGAGGCAGCUGAACCUCACCAAUCCCAUCCUCUCCGAUGCUCUCCUUGAGGCACUGACAGUGGCCCUGAAGUCAACCCCCUUUGACUUCCAGGGGGCACAAAUCCUGUCCAGCCUGGAUGAGGAAGCAUUCAAGUGGGUUGCUGUUAAUUAUGUCCUGGAGAACUUCAUCAAGUAUGACUGGCGAGGACACUUGGUCCCCUCCAGGAAGGAGAUGGCAGGAGUCCUGUCCUUGGGAGGAACAUCAGCACAGCUCACUUCCCAGAUGGAAGAAGAGAACGAGGCACCAAAAGAAGGAGUGAGGCUGCAGCUGUAUGGGCAAACACACGCGGUGCACACUCGCCAGUGCCCCUGCCAGGGCACGCAGCAGCUCCGCAGCAGCCUGCUCUCCCUGCUCAUACAUGAUAAGAGCAACGUGAAACCUCUGUUGAACCCCUGCUGGCCCCUCGCCUACUCCCAGCAAGUGCGGUGGCGUUCAGUGCACGCUGGGCCCUGUGCUGUCACCAACGACACCCUGGGCACCCCCAGCCCCCAGGACAUGUUCAACGUCACCGGCUCCAGCAAUUCUACUACCUGCAGGAGACUCGUGCAAAGCCUGCUCAACUCCUCUUCUUCCUGCAGCUUCUUCAAGCUUUCUUUUGACAGUGUUUUCAAGCCUCCCCGGACCAAGUUUCUGGUGAUUUCUGAGGCCCUGGACUUCCUGAGGGAGGCUGUACCCGCUCCUGACUUGAGUCAGAUGGUCAACAAGCUCUGUGGGAUGUCUGCCACAGAGCUAGUCAAGAAAUCCAAGACAAGUCUGGAUACACUUGCUGAUUACUGCGCUGUGUCCACCUUCAUCUUCCAUCUGAGCACGAAGGGAUACACUUUGGACCUGAGCAGCUCUGUUCGGACCGCGUUCCAGGAGAUUGGUGAUGUAUCAUCUGGCUGGACUCUUGGGUACCUGUUGACUCUGAGCAACACUGUCCCUCAGGACAACCCAAGCUUCCUCAAGGGGAUCGAACCAGGGAUGUGGUCUUUGCUCCUCAUCCUCUUUGUUGUGUUGCUCACGGGCGCUUUCAUGCGCAUUUCAUACCGAGUGAUGGCCAAGGAAAACAGCUUCAGUAACAGGAACAGCAGUGUUUUCGAUGACAACUGACUGCUAUUCCAAGACUGGAUCUCUUGUGAGAGGGCGGUUAACAAGGUAAAAACAGAAAAGCACAAGUGUACCUCAGUG